UGUUUUAUUUAAAUACUAAAAUCAAAUGAUUCGAAUUAAACAUACAGAAAUAAAAAGACGGUCGUUUAGAUUUUAAUCAGUUUACUAAAAAGCUCUUUGUUUCGUGCAGGUUUAUUUAUUUAUUUCUUUUUUGGAAUGAUUAAAACAGAGAAUACAGUAUCGUGGCACCCUUCGCAAAGUAUAGCCCUUUAGAAUUAGCGCAACAUAAUUAUAAUACGACAUCCUCUAUGGAAGUUACCGCGACAGAGCAAACGAGGAUUGCUCUGAAGGAGAAAGAAAGAAACAGAAAAGAGAAAGUGUGGGCACUGAGCAUGGACGCAGAUGGAGAUACACCGCUACACAUCGCAAUCGCUCACGAAAAUAUCGAAGCUGUAGUUACGAUUUUGAGCGUGCUGAAGCGAAAUGGGAUAUCCCCCAACAUGAGAAACUACUUAGUACAGGCGCCAGUCCACGUGGCCAUUAUUGUUGAUAAUCCUGUUUUGGUCGGGUUGCUGAUUAAGACCGACCCCAACGUAAGUACGGUCACAGAUCGCCAUGGCAACAACGGAAUCCAUCUAGCGGUGAAAUACAGUUCAAAGUUGACUCAACACGCCACCUUGCGGAUGCUAACACGAGCGUCACGGACCAGGGACGUAGAGGAACGUAACAUAUAUGGGUUUAUAUACGAUAUAUAUGUGGGUUUAGUUUCGGUGUUCGUAUUUUGUUCGUCCGUUCAUGUCCACAGCCCUGUGGGUAUGCAGUACGAGAAAGUGCAUAGCUCGAGGCACACCGAUUUUGUGGACACGAACAACGUGUUUGCUGAGAUUUUUGAGUGA